AUGAUCUCUCACACUCGCAGGGCCUUGUUAUCGCUCGUUUUUACGCCAUGGGUUUCGGCGGCUCCUGCCAUGCAACGCUCGGAACUGUUGCUCGUCGAAUCGCUUCCUGCGUCAUGCAAUUUCGAUUUAAGCACGAUAAAAUAUGAACUGUGUACAAUUGUGCAUGAUUUGGUGGAGAUCGCGGAUGAUGAAGCUGCUUUGAACACACCUUACAUCAUUGAUCUGAGCGAAUACUCAUCACGGUGGUCCGAGAAGGCGGAGAGAUUCACAGCCAGUGCAGCACACCUGCAGACGAUUUCUGACAUUCCAAUUGCUGCCCAAUCAUCCAACCACGAUUCAGGCGCUAGGCGACCAGCCAUUGAGCAUAAGACUCGGCCUCGUGAACAUGUGAUGAGCCGUAUCAUCAGCUCGAUUAACAAGUUAGCAGCUAAUUCUGCUACUGUCAACUUUCCCGAGAUUCAAAUUUCAACCAACGGCGGACCUGUUUUGAUAAGCUUUGUAUUCGUGCCUGACAGGCACAUGGAUAAGCUUGAUUCCGUACGGUACACUUGCCGCUUGACUUGGGAGUCACUUAAUGCAUGCGAUCGAGAGCCUUUGGAGUAUUUGAAAAUAGUCCUUCCAGAUAAUGAUCGACCGGAAGGACAUAACCUUAUGGAAGAGCUUCUCAGGGACCAGGUCCAGUGGGAAAGGCACGGGGACAGCGAUACGAAUAACGAUAUUUUCGAGAAUAGAGGGAGCGAGACGAACAAUCGCCCUAGAGAUGGUCACAACGUCGAUAUACGCGGUGAUGAGGAAAAUGUGAACGAAGGUAAUGAUGAGAAGCCAGAUGACAGACCACCAGGGGAGAAUCCUACCGAUGAACAAGAUGACAAACAGGAGUCUAUUCCACCAACUAAUCACAGCUCUUGGUCGCUAACAAUUAUCCUAUUAAUGACUAGGCUGUACUAUCCCCGAUUACGGGGGCUCCUCAGGUCAUACCAGAAGCCAAAUUGCUUUCGCGUUGGCGAAACAGUUCUCUUGCGCUGGGCACGUGAAGAUAUGGACUUCGAUGAUGAGGAAGAGGAUAACAUGGUCAAUGGGAGCGAUGGUCUCAUCAGGGGCGAGGAAAUCCCAUUGAAGCCUAGUCCUAGAAAUAAUUUUGUCCUCCAGUAUGGCAGUGCGCAAUGA